AUGUGUGGACGGAGCAGGACGGCCUUUCUGUGUCUGUGGGCUUGCUUGCUUGUCACCAACAGCGUACUAGGUGGGAAAAGCUCUGGGCAGAACGGCAUGACAGAAGAAGAGAAAGAUAACACGGUGUUCACCAAGAUCUUAGACAGCCUUCUGGAUGGCUAUGACAAUCGCCUCAGGCCAGGACUAGGAGAGCGUGUAACUGAAGUCAAGACUGACAUUUUCGUGACUAGUAUUGGGCCAGUUUCGGACCAUGACAUGGAGUACACCAUUGAUGUCUUCUUCAGACAGAGCUGGAAGGAUGAAAGAUUAAAGUUCAAAGGGCCCAUGGCUGUGCUGCGUCUCAACAACCUGAUGGCCAGCAAGAUCUGGACCCCUGAUACCUUCUUCCACAAUGGCAAGAAGUCAGUGGCCCACAACAUGACCAUGCCAAACAAGUUGCUCCGAAUUACCGAGGAAGGCACGCUGCUGUAUACCAUGAGGCUUACAGUAAGAGCAGAAUGCCCCAUGCACCUGGAAGACUUCCCUAUGGAUGCUCACGCUUGUCCACUGAAGUUUGGCAGCUAUGCCUAUACUCGAGCAGAGGUGGUUUAUGUGUGGACCAGAGGGGCUGCCCAGUCUGUGGUGGUGGCAGAGGAUGGGUCCAGAUUAAACCAGUAUGAUCUGAUGGGGCAGAGUGUAGAUUCUGGUGUGGUGCAGUCCAGUACAGGAGAGUAUGUUGUGAUGACAACCCACUUCCACCUGAAGAGGAAAAUAGGUUAUUUUGUGAUCCAGACAUAUCUGCCCUGCAUCAUGACUGUCAUCCUGUCCCAAGUGUCUUUCUGGCUCAACAGAGAGUCCGUCCCUGCCAGGACUGUCUUUGGAGUGACCACUGUCCUGACCAUGACCACACUCAGUAUCAGCGCUAGGAACUCUCUCCCUAAAGUGGCCUAUGCCACAGCUAUGGAUUGGUUCAUCGCUGUCUGCUAUGCAUUUGUCUUCUCGGCCCUCAUUGAGUUUGCCACAGUCAACUACUUCACCAAGAGGGGUUACGCCUGGGAUGGAAAAAGUGUGGUACCAGAGAAGCAAAAGAAGAAGAAGGAGUCCCUCCUCAAGAAGAACAACACUACAGCCUACCCAGCUGCCACUGCUACAGCCUUCGCCCCCAAUAUUGCCAGGGACCCUGGAUUGGCCACUAUUGCCAAAAGCGCACCACCGCCCCCAACUGAGCCCAAGGAGGAGCCAAAGCCCAAGCCUCCAGAGGCCAAGAAAACCUUUAACAGUGUGAGCAAGAUAGACAGGAUUGCCAGAAUAGCCUUCCCUCUGCUCUUUGGAACCUUUAACUUGGUCUACUGGGCAACCUACUUGAAUAAGAAGCCCAAACUGCAGGGGGUCAAUCCACACUAA